ACCUAAAAAUUUUAUUUAUAUAAAGAGGACAACCAUUCAAUUAAUAUAAUUUAGUAUUUAAUCACCAAGUAUUUAAUUAAUUUGGUAAUUUAACUAUUUAAAAAACUACCAAGACUGUUUCAAAUCAAACUUUUGGGUGACAGCAAUGAUAUCCUUAUUGCUCAAGCUAUAUACAUCACUGUAAAGGUGCUUUCAAUACAAAAAUAGCACCUGAGCCAUCGAAUCUUUUAAAAAAUACAAAUAACACCUGAGCCAUCGAGUUUUUUUAAUAACAACAACACUGUUGUUUCUUCAUUAUAAUGAUACACAAUUUGUCACAAGUUACAACAUCCAACCCGGCAAUAAUUACAGCCAAAUCUUUAACUUCGCAAGGGUUCCUAAUAGUUGCAUUUGCGUUAAUAUUAGUUACUGGAGUAAUUGGAAACGCUAUUGUAAUAUUUGUGUUUGGAUAUAAGUUGAAACACCGAUCAACAACAGAAUUGCUUACUCUAUAUUUAGGGAUUACCGAUUUGUUGUCUUCUUUUUUUAACCCGUCUUUAUUCAUUUAUUGGACAUUAACAGACUAUAAACAAUGGGAUUUUGGUAAAACAGCUUGUUAUAUUUUUCCAACACUUGGUCCAAUAAUGACUUCAAUUUCAUCUGGAUUGCUUCUUAUAUUUGCUAUUGAUCGAUAUAUAGCUUUUGUCACACCAUUUCGUAAAAAAUUAUCACAAAAAACAGUAAAUAUAGCGUUUACAAUAGACAUAUUUUUAUCAAUACUUGUUUACUUCCACUAUAUUCUUGCACUAAAAUUUGAUGAAACAUCAAACCUGUGUAUUAUUCCUUAUCCCAAUAGUUACAGUUAUGGAAUACCAAAUUGUAUUUUUAUUAUUUUACGCCUUUCCUUUUUUGCAACGGUCUUCUGUUUUACAAAUGUAAAAAUCUAUCAAGCAACAAAAAAAAGCAGCAUACACUUUUCAAGAAUAGAAGAUCGAAUUAAACGCCGUAAACAGACAAAAAAAAUCAUGGUUAUUCUUCUAACUAUGGGAAUAGUGUUUACGUUGCUUGUUUUCCCGAGAGAGUUGUUUUUUUUAGGUUACAAUUUAGUUUGUCUAUUGACAAAAAAAUCUAAGUAUUUAAAUCCAACUUUGACUCAAAUAAAUUCAUGGUUAAAAGUUGCUCAUACAGCAAAUAGUUGUGCUAAUGUAUUUAUUUAUUCACAAAUGCAAACUUUAUACCGAAAACAAAUUGUUCGGAUCCUUUCAUAUUUCAUGGCCUUUAAAAAAACUUUUCAUUUGAAGAUUUCUUCUUUUCAAAUGUCAUACAGUAGCAAAAUGAGUCAGUUUUCGUCAUGCGUUAUUGAACAGGAAUUUUCAAAAGUACUUAUAUCGGAAGAAGAUACAAAUGAAGUUGUCUUUUUUCAAAGAGCUCAGCAGUGGAAAACUGGAAUUCAAACACAAACAAAAGAUUUUUUAUAAGAGAAAACCAAAUAAAGUAUGGCUAUAUAUAUAUAUAUAUAUAUAUAUA